AUGCUAGGCGUCGUGCACCCGUCUCUUCUCGCUCUACGCAGCGACCAGCCGCCUGCUCGCGUGUGCUUCACCACUAUGGCGUCCGAGCCCGCCGCGUUUUUCGUUCGCCGCCAUCGCCUUCCUCGCGCCCAACAUGAUGAGCUGAUCACGCAGGCCUGCCCCAUCUGCCGCCCACUCUCUCAUCCGAUCACCACGGCUCACGAGCGCGCGAACGCAUACAAGAGAUGGCAACUCGGCGAUGGCGACACUGCAGGAGGAAGGCAGAUGGAAUGGAUACUGUGGGAGGGGUACCACAGACCCGCUCACGGGCCCGCGUUCCGCGGAUCGCCCUUCUUUUCCCAUCUUACACAACGACCCGCCGCUCGCCCGCGCGGGCUUCACCGCUAUGGCAUGCGAAUCGCGCCGCGUUCAGCGUUCACCGCCACCAUCUUUCCCGCGCACAACGCGAUGCGCCGAUUGUGCAUCCUUGCCCCAUCCGCUGCCCACUACCUCGCCGGAUCAGCACAGCUCACGAGCGCAUCCACGCAUGCAGGAGACGGCGGUCCGGUGGCGGCGACACCGCAGGAGGAGGGCAGAUGGAAGGAUAUUGUGGGAGGGGUGUCCCGGUGA